AUGGCGACAGUCCUCACACAAGGCGGCUCCCCUCCCUCAGCAGACGGGACCAACUCUCCAACCGAGUCCAAAGGCUCCAACAUCAACGUCUCCUCCGAAACCCUCUCUUCCAUUCCUCCUUUAGGUAUAGCACUUGCCGAGCGCCGUUUCUGGUUCCAAAGAGCCAGUUCCUAUGAUCCCACUGCCAUCGCCACGCAGGUUUCCGUGUUUGACGACCCCGAUACAGCGGAGAAGUACCAACCGCGGCCGGACUGGGAAAACAUCCACCGGUUCGACCCCCUCGAGCGCUGGACAUGGGGCGAGGAGCACCGGCUCAUCCGUAAGAUUGACUGGCGCAUCAUGGUAUGGGCGUGCAUCAUGUUCAUGGCGCUGGAGCUGGACCGGGCGAAUAUCGGGCAGGCCUUGACGGAUAAUUUCUUGGGGGAUUUGCAUAUGACGACGAAUGACUACAACCUUGGCAACUCCAUCUUCAAACUAGCCUUCCUCUGCGCUGAACUUCCCUCGCAACUCGUCUCCAAGUGGAUGGGUCCCGACCGGUGGAUUCCCUCGCAAAUGGUUCUGUGGUCCAUCGUCGCCACCGCUCAGUUCUGGCUUCAGGGGCGGACCUCGUUCCUCGCCUGCCGUGCUCUGCUGGGCAUCCUUCAGGGUGGCUUCAUUCCAGAUGUAAUCUUGUACCUCAGCUACUUUUACAAGCAUCAUGAGCUGAGUCUGAGACUGGGGUUUUUCUGGACGGCCAUGAGCAUUGCGGAUAUUGCGAGCGCGCUGUUGGCGUAUGGGUUGUUGCAUAUGAGGGGCGUACAGGGACAUGCGGGGUGGAGAUGGCUGUUUUUGAUUGAGGGCCUCAUGACACUUGUCAUUGGCAUUUUCGCCUUUGUCCUCAUGCCCGCCGGUCCCUGUCACACCGCCAGCUGGUUCCGGGGCAAAAACGGGUGGUUUACCGAGAAGGAAGAGAAGAUCAUUGUCAACCGGGUCAUCCGCGAAGACCCGAGCAAGAGCGACAUGCAUAACCGUGAACCCAUCACGCCGAGACUUCUCUGGCAGAGUCUCAAGGACUUUGAUCUCUGGCCCAUCUACAUCUUGGGCCUCGUCUUCCAGAUGCCCAUGGCGCCCAUAGGCCAAUACCUAACCCUCACUCUCAGGGGGCUGCACUUUGACACCUUCCAAGCCAACCUGCUCACCAUCCCGUACACCGUCAUACACAUGAUUACCAUGCUCGGCAUCACCUAUCUCGGGGAGAUCUUCAACGAACUGACGCUGAUCGCGGCAUCGGGGCAGAUCUGGGCUUUGCCUUUCCUCAUCUACCUCAACAGCGUCGACACCGCGGGCGUGAAUCGGUGGGUGAUUUAUGCGGUGACGACGUUGUUGCUUGGGUAUCCGAAUGCCCAUCCCAUUCAGGUCGGGUGGAACAGCAGGAACUCGAAUACGGUGCGGUCGAGGACGGUGUCGGCGGCUUGUUAUAACAUGUUUGUGCAGGCGGGGGGGAUUGUGAGUUCGAACAUUUAUCGCAAGGAUGAUGCCCCGUUGUACAGGCGUGCCAACAAGCAGCUGCUGGCUAUCUGCUGCAUGAACAUUGCCCUGUAUGUCCUCGUCAAGGCGUAUUACCUGUUCCGCAACAAGCAGAAGGCGCGCGAGUGGGAGGCCAUGACGACGGAGGCGAGGCUCGAGUAUUUGGCGACCACGACCGACAAGGGGAACAAGAGGUUGGAUUUCCGGUUCCAGCACUGA